CAAACCAGGAAGCAAAGCAUAACAAGCCCUGCAAUCUGACAUCUCUGUAGUUAUCGAGAGAAAGACUAACUAGAUCGAUAUCUUAGGUCAUUAAGCUAACACCAUGGUUCAAUGUUUUCUGAUCCAUACCAUCGGCCCGGUAAGCACUCUGGCGCCCGGGGAGAGCCGCGUGCUCUACUCCCGUGUGUUUGGACCGGAGGAGGGCGCGCUGACCGGGGCGGACAGCGAACUGGGACCGGAACAGAGGCGGCUUCUGCGAAAUGAGAAGGUAGCCGUGGUGGCGAGACAGGUGCGUAGCGCGGUGACCCUGUCCCGUGAGGCCUCAGGCCGGGUGUUGGUAGAGACCGUACUGGGAGAGGAGCUAGUGGCUCUCCAAGAGGCUGACAGCGGGGUGCAGCGGCUGGGGAGGGGAGAGCCCUGGACUGGGGAGAGGAGUGCCCUGUGGCUGGGGGUCCAGAGCCUAGCCUUCACCCUGGUCACUGAGCCCCAUGAGAACCUGCUUCUGGCUGAGGGAACCCUGAAGAACAUCACCAGACAUUGUCUGGAACAUCUACGCAUGCUUGGGCCCGGGAGCGAGGUCCUGUUGAAGAGUGACCGUAUCGAUGUCCUGCUCCACCGUCUGUUGCCCCACGGUCAGCUGCUGUUCCUCAACCAUCGCUUCACCCAGAGUCUGGAGAAGGAGCUGGCGAAUUACAUGGCCCAAUGAGAGAGAAGGAGCUGGCGAAUUACAUGGCCCAAUGAGAGAGAAGGAGCUGGCUAAUUACAUGGCCCAAUGAGAG